AUGACACUACCAAAACCUCUCAUCCUUCUACUCCUGGCGGUUCAGAGUAUCGCGGUGGAGGUAGAUAGCAUUAAGCAAAGCAUAUCUGUUGAUGGGCUGGCACCUAUUCAGCAGACUGUUCAUCGGGUGAAGGUGGGCGGUGAUGGCGGAAAUACCUUUGAGCCCAAUCGGCUCAAUGCCAACCUGGGAGACCAAAUGAUUUUCAAGUUCCUCCAUCGAAACCACACAUUGACACAGUCCAGUCUUCGGCAUCCAUGCACUUCGCAGCACCAGCUAGAUACUGGGUUCACUCAGUUCAAUCCGACAGGCCGUACAGGUACGAUGGUGUCCUUCACUGUCAAUUCUCUUGAUCCACAGUGGUUUUUUUGCAGGCAAACAGACCCCGAAUCCCACUGCCAUGCGGGUAUGGUAUUUGCGCUUAAUCCUGGAGACCAGAUGGACGAAUUUCUAAGGAAUGCGAAGCGAGAAAGCGACCACGCGGCAGUCAGCACCAUCACCAGGGAGGUCACAAUUACUGUGACUAGCUCAACUCCAGCUACCAUUAGAAUACCCAUGGGCGUCGAAAGCGGCCUCGGUGCGAGUUUAGUGACGGGUACGAUGCCACAGCCAAGCGGAUCAGGCUGUCAGGGGGCUUCCAUGGGUCUUUACAGAAGCUCUGUGCAAGGAACUGGUUUGCUGGUAACAGGCAGAACAUGGCGGCCAACAGCAACAAUUGGUUCAAUGCCUUGUUCUCUCACUCCUAUGCCAUAUACAUCGGGCAGCAGCCCGGUUGUUACUGCAGGUCUGAUGUAUCUGGCUUCUGCUAUUAUUGCUGCGGUAGUUCUGCUUUGA